AUUUCUUCAUUGAUAUCCUAAAGCUUAUGGCAAUAACAACCGGGGUGGCCCGAACCAAGAAUUUUCUCCUCAGGGAAGCGAAGCGUGUAGAGCGCAGGUGGUUGAGCAAAGUUGCGGGAGGGGAUUUGGGGGAGAAGUUAGGGAGAGGAUCCAAGGGUGGUGGUACUGUUCAUGAGUCGUGCUGGGUUCCGCAUCCCCGGAGCGGGAUAUACUGCCCGAAAGGACAUGAGUGGGUGAUGAAUGAUGUCCCGGAGAGCGCAGCACGUUUUGAACGGGCGUUCUGGCUGAGGAACGUUGAUGGUGUCGAGAAACUGGACCCUGAUGAUGUGCCUUCUAAUCAGCAUUUCCCCAAAGUACUGUGAUAUCAUAUGAACAAUAGUAUAAAUUACAAGAAAGAAGGAACACUAAUUACCACUAUUAAUUAGUACUUGAUAAAUAAAAAGGCUUUCGUGGAUAAGUAGUAAGCACUGUGUGGCCUGUGUUCAGUGUGGUGUAUCUGCGCUGCACAUACACUAUGAGACUACGUAUGUUAUUAUGUGUAAGAGCGAGAAAACUUAAUGCCAAGGAUGUGACUCUUACUUUGUUUCUUCGCACAUGCUUUUCUCUACUUUUCCCUACUUGUUAUAUAUGGACUGACUUUGGAAAUUUAAGAGAAAGCUUAACUUACUAUUGUGGAGAGCUCAAGGUCCUUAACCAAAAUAAAAAAUUUUAAAUUAC